CCAAAUCCCAGCAACAACCCACAAAAGCAUCAUCAUCGAACACAUGCAGCAAGAAAUGGCAAAGCUCUCUCUCCUUCUAGCUUCCUUCGCCCUCUUCCUCCUCGUGGCCAAUGCCUCUAUCUACCGCGCCACAAUCGAGAUCGAUGAAGAAAACUCCAGCCGCCACCACCACCACCAAAGCUGCCAAGAACAAAUCCAAAGGCAGCAGCAGCUCAGGCAGUGCCAACAGCACUUGAGGCAGGAGGUCCAAGGCCAACAAUCCUGGGACCUCCGUGGCAUAAUCAACCCACAACAACAACAACACCACCUUCGCCAAUGCUGCCAGCAGUUGCAGGAGUUGGACAACCGAUGCCGAUGCCAGGGAUUGGAGCAGGUCGUGAGGCAGCAGCUGCAGCAGGGACAACUGAGAGGUGAGGAGAUUAGAGAGGCCAUGGAAAUCGCCAGUGAGAUUCCUCGCAGGUGCAACAUUCAACCCAGGCAAGGGUGCGACCUCAAUUCACCCUACCAAUUAUCUUCUUAGAGGAGAAGCUUGAAACAAAAGAAUACCAAAGUUCACUUAGUGCUUCGGCAUUUUGGAUGCAGAGGAGGGUGACUAAUUUCUAGUAGAAAAAUAAAGCACAUUGUCGUGUGUGUUUGUGUGAGCGUCUUUGUUGUUUAGAGGCUAUGGAAAUCGAAGUUUCUUAAUCUAUAAGGGUUUCUAGUUAUGGUCUUUA